AUUUAUUUUGUCUUAGAGCUGAGCUGAUUGUACUUUGGCCGACUAAAGGGUUAAUGCUUUCAAGGGAAAUUAGCCCUGACUAAACAUUGCUGCUGGCUCAUAAAUGCACUGGGCUUUGGGCGGCAUAAAAACUAAGAGAAAUCAGUGUGUAGAAGAGACACAAAUAAGUGUCCCUCAGUGACAGCGACAACAAUAAUUGUGAAAAAUACUUCAGCAGUUAUGGACUCAUCUGACGUUCAAAGGAAAAAAGUAGCUGUCAUUGGUGGUGGCUUGGUUGGCUCAUUACAAGCAUGCUUUCUUGCAAAGAGGAAUUUCCAGAUUGAUGUAUAUGAAGCUAGGGAAGAUAUUCGAGUGGCUAACUUCACACGUGGAAGAAGCAUUAACUUAGCCCUUUCUCACAGAGGACGACAAGCCUUGAAAGCCAUUGGCCUGGAAGAUCAGAUUGUAUCCCAAGGUAUUCCCAUGAGAGCAAGAAUGAUUCACUCUCUUUCAGGAAAAAAGUCUGCAAUUCCCUAUGGGACAAAGACUCAGUAUAUUCUUUCUAUAAGCAGAGAAAAUCUAAACAAGGAUCUAUUGACUGCUGUUGAGAAAUAUCCCAACGUGAAAGUACACUUCAACCACAGGCUGUUGAAAUGUAACCCAGAGGAAGGAAUGAUCACAGUGCUUGGAUCUGACAAAGUUCCCAAAGAUGUCUCCUGUGACCUCAUCGUAGGAUGUGAUGGAGCCUAUUCAACUGUCAGAUCUUACCUCAUGAAGAAGCCUCGCUUUGAUUACAGCCAGCGGUACAUUCCUCAUGGGUACAUGGAGUUGACUAUUCCACCUAAGAACGGGGAUUAUGCCAUGGAACCUAAUUAUCUGCAUAUUUGGCCUAGAAAUACCUUUAUGAUGAUUGCACUUCCUAACAUGAACAAAUCAUUCACAUGUACUUUGUUCAUGCCCUUUGAAGAGUUUGAAGAACUUCUAACCAGUAGUGACGUGCUGGAUUUCUUCCAGAAAUACUUUCCAGAUGCCAUCCCUCUAAUUGGAGAGAGACUCCUAGUGCAGGAUUUCUUCUUGUUGCCUGCCCAGCCCAUGAUAUCUGUAAAGUGCUCUUCAUUUCACUUAAAAUCUCACUGUGUACUGCUGGGGGAUGCAGCUCAUGCCAUAGUGCCAUUUUUUGGGCAAGGAAUGAAUGCGGGCUUUGAAGACUGCUUGGUAUUUGAUGAAUUAAUGGAUAAAUUGAAUAAUGAUCUUAGUUUGUGUCUUCCUGCAUUCUCAAGAUUGAGAAUCCCAGAUGAUCAUGCAAUUUCAGACCUAUCCAUGUACAAUUACAUAGAGAUGCGAGCACAUGUCAACUCAAGGUGGUUCAUUUUUCAGAAGAACAUGGAGAGAUUUCUUCAUGCUAUUAUGCCGUCUACCUUCAUCCCUCUUUAUACCAUGGUCACUUUUUCCAGAAUAAGAUACCAUGAGGCUGUGCAGCGUUGGCAGUGGCAAAAAAAGGUGAUAAACAGAGGACUCUUUUUCUUCGGAUCACUGAUAGCCAUCAGCAGUACCUACCUACUUAUGCGCUGCGUGUUACGACGACCUCUCGACUACGUGAGAAGACCAUGGAACUGGAUAGCUCACUUCUGGAACACAACACGUUUCCCCGCAAAGGCCAUGGGCUCCCUAGAACAAACUUCCAAUCUCAUUAGCAGGUGAUAGAAAGGUUUGAAGUAGCAAAUGCUUGAUUUCUUUCUCUGUAACCAAAAUUAAGCAUUUAAAAAAAAAACUUUCUAUUGCCAUAUUUGAUUCACUAAUGGAAGAUAGUGGUCUGCUUAUAAUUAAACUUAAUAUAGAAUUUC